GGUUCACAUUGACGCGCCCACCUCCGCGCCACAGUCGCCGCGGUCACUGGCUCCGGGCGGUCGUACUUCCCCAUGUUUACUUUAACUCUCAUAAGUUGAAUAGUAAAUUUUACGUGCUUUUUAUACUCACGUACCUCUGUGACUUUUAACUGUUUGUUCAUUUAAUCAGUAUUAUUAUUAAAAGUGCGAUCCUUAAGUAGGGGAUAGAGUGUAUCCUAAGUUGAAAUCUGUAACUAAGACGAAACUGAAAGUUUGAUUUUUUCGUGUUGGAAGGUUCACAAACACCAUGGAUUGGAGCAUACAAAUCAUCCUUGUGUGUGGUGCCAUCUGCCUCACCGGCUCCGACCCUGUGCCUCAAGUGGAGGAGACGCCGCCGCCGCUGUCGCACUGCAUCAACGACUUCGGCUACCGGUUGCUGCUGGACCUCACCACGCGCAGUGAGGGACAGAACGUGGUGUUGGGUCCUACUAGUGUCGCCGGUCUCCUCGGCAUGACACUGUUAGGCACUGUUGGAGAUUCCUAUGACGAAGUAGCACAAACCCUCGGAUUUUCCCAAGAAAUAUCAGCCAACCGCCAGAACCACGAGCAGUUCGGGGAGCUGCUGCAGGGGCUGGAGGCCGGCAACUCCACCUCCACGCUCUAUGCAGACGCCAUCUUCGUGGAUGCCAGUGCGCAGGUGCGUGAAAUUUACCGCGAAUAUCUCCAGCGUGUGUAUCACGGAGACGCUCUGACCACCGACUUCACAAACCAGUCACUUGCGAAAAAAGCUAUUAAUGAAUGGGUGAAGGCCCAGACCCUGGGCCGGAUCGAGGAGUUCGUCCGCAACCCGCUGUCCCGGGAGACCCGCGUGGUGCUGCUCAGCGCGCUCGCCUUUAGCGGACAGUGGGCGCAGCCCUUCAUGCCAGAAUAUACCAAGAAGCUUUCGUUUCAAAAGGCGACUGGUGAAACAGUGCUGACUGACCUCAUGUUGAAUCAGGGACGUUUCAACUACAUACUGUCGGAGGAACAUGGUUGUCACAUGGUAGCGUUACCUUACAACGACACAACCACCACAAUGUACAUCCUGGCGCCAAGAUCUUUUGCCAAAAAGAAGAAAAUGGACUUACCCACACUUCUAACAGGCCUCAAUUGGACCACAAUCGAACAUCUAAUCUCCCAAAUGAGGAAUGAGACCACUGUCAUACGCUUACCCAAGAUGCAAUUAAAAGGUCACGCCGAUCUUAAAUCGUCGUUAAAAAAUCUUGGAGUUAAAUCAAUUUUCGAAGUGGGCAAAGCCAACUUUGCUUUGCUGAUUCAGGGUAAAUCUCGGCUACAGGCGAACAAGAGUGACGAGCUGUUGACAAGGAUCAAUGACCCCGAUGAGUACGAAGAUGAUCGGAUGUUGAAGGAGCAACUGAACAAGCUCCCCAACCCGGGGGUGUAUGUCGACACUGUCAUGCAUGAAGUUGAAAUGGCUAUUGACGAGUACGGCACAGAGGCGGUGGCGGUGACGGCCGGCAUCGUGGCGCGCACGGCGAACCUCUUCUUCGCAGACAGCCCCUUCUUAUUCUUCAUCAAGAACGAGCUCACCGGACUCGUCACGUUCAGCUCCGCCAUAUUCGACCCUACCAUGGCUGUUUGAAGAGUUGACUGAUUCAGGAGUAUCUUAGUUGGGCUGUGAAACUUAUACUUCUUAAUAAAUUGCAGGGUAGCUCAUUUUGAUGUACCUGCACGAAUAUUAUUUUUUCAACUAGGUCGGUACUAGAUAAUAAUUUAGCAUGAGUACCUAGUACCUAAGAGUAUACUGUUAAAAUUAAUUAUGUUCCUUUACCUCAAUGUGUAUAACCUGAUAUACUUACUUAUUUAGGCAAUGAUAAAAGUACAAACACCACGUAAUGCCAUUAUUUUAUAUUGGGCGUUGGCUUUUAUAAAACUUUUAUUAAUUUAUCUGAUUGAGGAAAUAAGUAGUAGUUAUUAGAUUGUUAGUUAACAAUGGACUAUCCUGUGAUCUGUGGGUCCAAUACUUAUUAAUACCCGAAUGGUCUACGACUAUGCCAGUGAGAAUCCUAUUAGUAAAAUUGUUUCAUAAUCCCGGUUACCCGGUUAAGAAAUUAUAAAUAGUCGAGUAACUAGCAAUAAUGAUUUUUGUAUUUUGCUUUAAUAAUUAGCCCUUUCUGUAAAAAAUAAUAUACCAACAAAAAAAAAAGUAAUGUACAUGUCUCCAACUUCCAUAUCUGUGAUAUUGUUUUUAAGAUUCGCCUGUAUCGGUAUCCAAAUCAAUAUGCGUAGGUAGAUAGGUACUUAAAAGUAAUAUUUCGGGAAGUAUUUUAACACCUAUAUUAUGUCUAUAAAUAAGUCGCAAGGAUAUAAGUAGUUAAGUCACGUUGUAUUUUAAACUUAAAAUAAAACCUGUAAUUUACAAUAUU